AUGGGAGGUGAUGAUGGCAGGAAGAGAAAUAGAGUUGAGAUGUCUAAUUUAAGCAGUCUUCAUGAAGCGUGGUUUGCUAAUGAAGAUGCAGUUGGUACAGCUGUUGGCAUGUUGGAUAAUACCAAUAUCAAGCCACCAAAAGAUGGAGAGGAAACAUGCAUUAGAACAUGUAUCAAUGAUACUCCUGAUCGUUUUACUUUCAGACGCCCAAUUCCAUCUUGUGAUGCUACUGUGCAACACCUAUUUUUUAGGACUGGAAUGGAUGGAAAUCAAAUGUUUAGUGAUGAUGAUCAAGCUGCCUCAUCUUCAAGGGAGGAAUCAAAUACUGAAGAAAGGAUAGCUUCUUUGGCGAGCGCGCCCAAAACUCAUAUUGGGUUUCCUUUCAAAAACGAUCUUUCUUCAAUGGCAGGUGAAAACGCAGCGUCUCAUAGAAGAGACCCGAUCAAGAAUACAGUUGGGAAUGCUGCUGUACAAAGGAGAAGACAACAUGCUGUUUCAGUGGCGAAAGAAAGAAGAGAAGCGAUGUUCAGAACCAAGCGAUUAUGUACAGAAGUAGUUAGCAACGACAUGGAUGUCGCCAUCCAUGGCGACAUGAUGAUUGAAGAGGAGCCAUCAAUUCUAACGGCUCAAACGCUUUCUGCUGUUGAAGAACUAAAGCUUGCAAUUUCUUCAAAGGGAAAGGACACAGUUCAAAAGAAGGUGAAUGCUCUUCGUGAACUAAGACGAUUGUUAUCAAGAUCCGAGUUUCCUUUUGUUGAAAUUGCUCUUAAAUCUGGAGCAAUACCUUUACUUUCUCAAUGUCUUUCAUUUGGCUCACAAGAUGAACAAUUGCUUGAAGCAGCAUGGUGUCUUACAAACAUAGCUGCAGGAAAACCAGAAGAAACAAAAGCUUUGGUCCCAACAUUACCAUUACUAAUUGCUCAUCUUGGAGAUAAAAGUUCAUUAUGUGUAGCUGAACAAUGUGCAUGGGCAUUAGGAAAUGUUGCUGGAGAAAGUGAGGAAUUGAGAGAUCUUCUUCUUUCACAAGGAGCUUUAAUUCCUCUUGCAAAAAUGAUAUUUCCAGACAAGGGUACAACAGUCAGAACAGCUUCUUGGGCUUUAUCAAAUCUAAUCAAGGGACCACACCCAGAGGCUGCAACAGAAUUUAUAAAAAUUGAUGGAGUUGUGGAUGCUAUUCUUCGACACUUGAAGAAAUCGGAUGUUGAAUUAGCAACUGAAGUAGCAUGGGUGGUUGUGUAUUUAUCAGCUAUUUCAGAUGUUGCAAUAAAUGUGUUAAUGAACACUGAAAUUGUUCAAGUUCUUGUUGAUCGAUUAGCUUCCUCAAAUACUUUGCAAUCACUCAUUCCGUUGCUGAGGAGUUUAGGUAAUCUCAUGGCUGGUGAUGCUUACACCACCAAUAUUCUUCUUGAUCCUGGACAUGAAACCACAGAUAGUAUUAUCCGUUCAUUAAGCAAAUGUUUGAAAAGCGAGCAUCGUUUCUUGAAAAAGGAGGCGACAUGGGUGCUAUCAAACAUAGCUGCAGGAUCAGUUGCACACAAGCAACUAAUAUGUAAAAGUGAAGCAGUUUCAUUGUUAUUAGAGCUUCUUGUUACAUCACCAUUUGAUAUCAAAAAAGAAGUUGCAUACGUUUUGGGAAAUUUAUGUGUUGCUCCAAAUGAUGACAAUGAUGAUGAUAAUGGAUCCGGGAUUCCAUUUUUAUUAUUGGAUCAUUUGAUUUCAUUUGUUAGAAAUGGAUGCCUUUGUGGCUUCAUUGAUCUUGUUAAAUCAUCUGAUCUUGAAGCUGCAAGACUUGGACUCCAUUUCAUCGAAUUGGUGUUGAGAGGGAUGCCGAAUGGUGAGGGACAAAAACUAGUUGAAAGAGCGGAUGGGAUUGAUGCAAUGGAAAGGUUUCAAUUUCAUGAAAAUGAUGAGCUUAGAGUGAUGGCUAAUCUUUUAGUUGAUAGUUAUUUUGGAGAGAUGUAUGGGGUUGAUGAGUAGAAAAAAAGAUAUAUGGGUCAAGUGUGUGUUUAUGUGUGUGUGUGUGUGUGUGUUAAGUUUGUGAUUGGAUACUAACGCAUAGGUUAACCGUUAAUGGUUGAAUAUAAUGUUGAUUUUGGGUACAUAUUGAUGAUUGUGUUUGGAGACAUGUAAGGUGUCAAAUGUGUUAAAUAUUAUAUAACAUGAUAUGAAGGUUGCU